GGCAAAUUACCAUACCACCCAAAACGAAAAGCCCUUCCUUCCUCCGCCCUCCUCCCAAGGGCAGCCCGGAAUCUGCCUGGACCGCUCCAGCUCGCCCCAAUGGUGACCAGGUGGAACCAGAAGAGCCCGGGCCUCAAGAUCCUGUGGAUCUGGACCCUGGGAACCGCCGGAAUUAUGAUCGCCAACGUCGUUCGGACCCGCGUAAACGAUAUGGAGAUGAUCCUCCGGGACGAAGACGAAGCCGCGGCUGCCGCCGGCGGUGGCAGCGGCGGCGGGACCUCCGGUGAGCGUGUCAUGAGGGACGACGAGUUGAGCAGCGAGUGAAGAAGAGUUUACUGCUUGAGCUUGAGUGACUUCAUGGACUUUGAGCUUGAGAGAUUCUACAUGGCAAAGUCCGUCUAAGCCCGCAUGUCGCCAGCCAGAGCCUAUACUGGUUGCCCGGUUCAUCGUUUAAUGUCUCAUCUCGAAAGAACUUUUUGUUGGGAUUUUAUUUGUAAAUCAGUGAGGCAUGUAUCUGUGUGGGGGCAUGAGAUUGUGGACCUGUUACUACUUAAAAUUGAACCUGUAACUUAAAGUCGCCAUGAUAGCUUAGAAAACUAAAUAAAUGGACUUGUAAACUCUGCAAGGUGAACCUGUGUGGAUGGGAAGAAAAUCAUAUACGCCUGGGUCGUUUCGUCAACCA